AUGAGCAGCACCACCCAGACUACGUUGGACGUGGAGAGCGGUGUUUUACCCACAGAACAAGUGUUGGUGGUACGGCAAAAGAAGUCAUCAAUGUGCUCAAACAGCUGGAAGCUCUGUGCAGCCCUGCUGGCUGUGGCUUUAUGUGUUGCUGCUGCAGGCUUCACCAUGCAGCACCAGAAGAAGAAUAUUCAACAGGAAGGAGAAGGCUUGCAUCUCUCUCUCAGACAAGUCUCUGCAAGUUCCAAAGAUGCCAUUCAUUUAGCAGGUGAUUACAAUCCUGACUUCUCACACAGCUCCGUUCAGUGGAGGGAUAACGAGGGACAGUCAUUCUCAAAGGGCCAUCUAAAACUGCACGACAAUGAAAUCAUUAUCCCUCACGAUGGCCUCUACUUCGUCUACACCCAAGUUUCUUUCAGCGUCAACUGCAAGGUCGACACAGCCAACUCUGAUGACCUAGACAUCGUUAGGCUGAGCCACACGGUGUCGCGCUGGUCUGAUUCUUACGGAAGCUAUAAACCGCUGCUGAACGGGCUGAAGUCAGUCUGCAAACGGGUCGAGGGUGAAGACGAUGGAGAGAGAUGGCAUAGUGCCGUAUAUCUUGGAGCGGUCUUCAAGCUGCAUGCCAAGGAUAGGCUACGCACUGAAACAGUAGAGGAGUUUCUGCCUAAUUUGGAAACAGAUGAUGGCAAAAACUUCUUUGGUGUGUUUUCUUUGUAA